AUGGCGGUAUCAGAAGAUCGACUUCCAAUAGCACAGCUUCAGAUCAGUGAUGCGGGAUCAUCCUUCGUUUUCUUCGAACCUUUCGAACUGCCUGCUUCCAACCAACGUGUGCUUGGCCCCCCUCAUCCCCCUAAUACCGUGAUACCCAUGGCACUCCGGCUUGCACAAGAAAGCAACAAGCCCAAUCUUGAUGAAAUAGUGGACACUGUCAAGAUAGUUCAAGCUCAAGGCGGUACUUUUACUAAACGACUGGCUCAACACGGCACACUACUCUUCCGUGGCCUUCCCAUCCACAAUGCUGAUGACUUUAGCAAGUUCGCCCAUGCAUUCGGAUUCAGGCCGCAUGAAAUUAUUGGAAUUGUGGUGGAUCGACCGCUUCUGGCGCCAAACGUCGCACCCGCCAAUGAAGCCCCCAAAGAAGUGCUUAUUUAUAACCACAACGAGUCACCCCAAGUGCCUCACGCCCCGGAAUACAUAUUCUUCUACGGACACCAUGCUCCCACUGAGGGUGGCGAGUCACCAAUAUCCUCAUCGCUGGAGCUUUUCAACCGCGCCCAACUCGAAAUACCCGAAUUUAUCACCGAACUAGCGGAGAAGGGUAUUUUGAGCCGCGUAACCUACAAGUACGACAGACAGUUCCAAGGAGGCUCUACUCUCCGCCAAGCAUUCGGGAAAGAGAUAGUGGAUGGUGAUGACGAUGAAACGAAGCGGCGUAAGAUCGAAGCUCAAAUUGCGCGCUACGACAGAAAAGUUCACACGACGUGUGAAUGGAAUGACGAUGGCUUAGUUUUGACGCAUCGACUGCCGGUGAUUAGGACCCAGCCGGGAACCAACCUACCAACCUUAUUUACGGGACUAGCAUCCUACUGGAAAAAUACACAGGUUAAUGAUGGCGUCCGGAAGAACGUCACCCAGCAGUUAUUUGGAGACGGAACUGUCAUUCCAGAGAAGUAUCUAAGGCAUCUGGCAAAGAUCACGGAUGAGAUCCGGGUGCUGCAUCGGUGGCAGGAAGGUGAUGUUUUAGUAUAUGAUAAUGUCAUUGCGCAACAUGGCAGAGAGCCUUGGAGGGGUGAGCAGAAGGAUCGAGUUGUGCUGGCGAGUCUGUUUGACGGUGAGAAGGUACCCGGGGCAUAUGGCUUCGGGGAUUGGGCACAAGUAGUUCCAGCUUUGGAAUAA